AUGGUAUCUCUCGUUGAAGCAAAUUAUAGGCUGAUUGAUGAAAUAAAACAUAUCAUCAUAAACCUUAAAAGAAGUAAAAAAAUCUUUGACCCAAUUGUUCAUUCUUCUUCAGAAACUGUACAGCUUUACAUUAUAAAACAUAAAAGAAUUCGCAAUGAAAUAGUGAGUAUAGAAAACAGGUUAUUUUAUCCGUAUAAUAAAGUAAAAGACAAAUAUGAAAAAUUGUUAGAGGAACAUGAGAAUUGCGAAAAAAGAUUACUUCCAAUUCUAAUAAAGACUAUAAUGAACAAACAAGAAAGACAACAAGAAAAUUUUAUAAAUGUUUAUAAGUUAGAAAUCAGUUUACCACGUAUCGAUUCUACGUUAUUAUUUGAUCCUCCUAUUGUAGGUGACUCGAAAUUAAUUUUCGAAAAUGAACCUGAUAGGAAACCAUAUGCUUCAGAAAUAAAACCAGAUAAUAAUCAUAUCUUGAGUAUUAUCAAUUGGUCGGCACCCGAAAUGAUGCAAAAGAAUGCCCUAUAUACACAAGAAUGUGAAAAUUUCAGUUUCAUAAUGCUUUUAUGGGAACUAGCUUUCCAAAGGAUUCCGUAUGAAAACAUGAAUAAAGAAGAUAUUAUUGACCAUGUUACACGUGGUCGUAGAGAAUCCUUAUAUUCACCAUUUUUCACAUUGGACUUUCUUAACGUUCAAAAAAAAUACUUAAGAAUCAUUGCAGAUGGAUGGGAUGAUAAGCCAUAUAAAAGGAUCAGGUUGGAUAAUAUUUUAUUGGAAUUUUCAGAUAUUGAAGCUAAACUUACCAAACUUAGGAGAAAUAAUUUUGGUUGCUUCUAUUCAUCUGAUCGACUCGAUAAUCCUUACGAUGAGUCCGUGAAAGAAACACUAAAAAACCUAGAACCUGAAAAAAAACCGAGAAGUGUUUUUGGGAGCGACGCUCAUGAUGAUGCCUUCACCAUUAGCAAAGAAUAUCAUAAAACAGAUAUCUUUAUAGCAGUUCAGGACUCAGUUUCUUCUGAAAGGUAUAAAGAGAUUGUGUCUAAACAAAGAGAUGAUGGUUCUAUUGAAUUGGAUGAUGUAGUAUGCAAUGAAUUAGAGGUACUUAAAGAAGAAAUUAUCACUGCGAUCCAAGAGAAUGUCACAAAUGAGAUGCUUAAAUUAUCCGAACUCCCGUCAUUAUUUUCAACUGCUAUUAAUCUUUCUUAUCUUAAAAAUACCGCAUCUAAAUUUGAAGAUCAAUGGAAAGAUAAAUACAAUAAAGCUCGUGAAUAUCUCUCAAAGCAAAUAGGUAAUGCAGCUGCUGAGAAAGAACUUUUGGAGUUCACGGAUAAUUAUGUAAUUGAUAAUUACGCGAAAAAAGCCAUUAAAGAUAAAAAGAAGUCUUCUGUUGUACGUGUUCAAACAUCAUUAAUUCCCGAUAAACAUGAAGCAGUAGUAUCUAAAGAAGAUAGACCCAUUGAAUUGUAUGAGACUAUUUGUAAAGAAAUAGAAGACCCUACGGAAGACAUUAAUACCCACAGGAUGGGCAUAUAA